GCAAUGUCACCAAGCUCGGUAAAGAGAUUCAAAAAAAAAAUUUGUGCGCACGGGUGAAGUUGUGGCCGAGAAAACUGGAAGACCUUUGGAUCUGGUUGGAAUGCACCCGCGUGAGGAGCUCGUGAUGAUGGAAGCUAUGCUAGAGCACCCAGAGAAGACACUGACUGAGAUUGUAAGAGAAAUUAUGACUGUAUUCGGAAACCGUUUUCAAGUGUCGACGGUUUGCCGAUACUUUCAAAGAAACGGCGUUACAAGAAAACGGCUUAAGAAAGUUGUUCGACAACAAAGCGAAUUGGCGAACAUCAAUUUUCGUGCGGAUACUUGUCUCCUACAUGCAGAGAUGUUUGUCUUUCUUGAUGAAAGUGGAUUUGAUCGUCGACUUACAAGGGGAUUUGGCUACAGUUUCCGAGGUUAUAGUGCCAAAGUGAAAAGGAAGCAUACAAAUUGGCAUCCACGAAUUACAGCCAUCCCAAUUGUAUGCACUGAAGGCUUGCUUGAAAUUGGUAUUCAUAGAGGAGCAACAAAUGGAGAUGUCUUUCUUCAGUUUGUUAAUGAGAAGCUUGUCCCGAACCUUCUGCCUUUUAACGGUGCGAAUCCUCGCUCCGUAGUUAUAAUGGAUAAUGCAGCCAUACAUCAUUCACAACGUGUUGUUGAUGCAAUAAACGCUUCCGGUGCACUCCUUAUUUUUCUUCCACCUUACAGUCCGAAUCUGAUGCCUUGUGAAGGAGUGAUCGCACUGGCAAAGAGCUGGAUACGAGAAAACGACCUGGUUUGGGAGCAGUGUGAUGAACCAGAGAACAUGGUUUUUGAAGCCUUUAUGCAAAUAGCUGAUGAAGACAUUACAAACUACAUUCGUCAUUCUGAAUACCUUUAA